UGCACGGAACUUGCGCGAAGACGCGGACUGCUGUCUUCAAGUGUUGACUGUAAAGUUGGAAAAAAAAACAAAACAACGGUAUUAUCGUGCACCAUGUCAGCCAUACGGAGGAAAUUCGGCGAGGACUACCAGGUGGUGAACACCGACCGGGGCGCGACUUUCUGCGCGCCGGCCAAAAGGAAGCGGCAGCGCUUCGUGGAGAAGAACGGCCGCUGCAACGUGCAACACGGCAACCUGGGCGGCGAGACCAGCCGCUACAUCUCCGACCUCUUCACCACGCUGGUGGACCUGAAGUGGCGCUGGAACCUGCUCAUCUUCAUCCUCACCUACACGGUGGCGUGGCUGGUGAUGGCCUCCAUGUGGUGGCUCAUCGCUUACAUCCGCGGCGACCUGAGCCGCAGCGGCCACGACGCGUCCUACACGCCCUGCGUGGCCAACGUCUACAACUUUCCCUCCGCUUUCCUCUUCUUCAUCGAGACGGAGGCCACCAUCGGGUACGGCUACCGCUACAUCACGGAGAAGUGUCCCGAGGGCAUCCUCCUCUUCCUCUUCCAGUCGCUGCUGGGCUCCAUCGUGGACGCCUUCCUCAUCGGCUGCAUGUUCAUCAAGAUGUCGCAGCCCAAGAAGCGCGCCGAGACGCUCAUGUUCAGCCAGGACGCCGUCGUCUCGCAGCGGGACGGCAAGCUGUGCCUCAUGUUCCGGGUGGGCAACCUGAGGAACAGCCACAUGGUGUCGGCGCAGAUCCGGUGCAAAGUCAUCAAGUCGCGGCAGACCCCGGAAGGCGAGUUCCUGCCUCUGGACCAGUGCGAGCUGGACGUGGGCUUCGGCACCGGGGCGGACCAACUCUUCCUGGUGUCGCCGCUCACCAUCUGCCACGAGAUCAACAGCAGGAGCCCCUUCUUCGACCUGUCGCAACGUUCGCUUGUGAACGAGCAGUUCGAGAUCGUGGUCAUCCUGGAAGGCAUCGUGGAGACCACAGGUAUGACAUGUCAGGCCCGGACGUCGUACACGGAAGACGAAGUCCUGUGGGGACAUCGUUUCCUUCCUGUCAUGUCGCUGGAGGAGGGCUUCUUCAGGGUGGACUACUCUCAGUUUCACAACACCUUUGAGGUGCCAACGCCUCCGUACAGCGUCAAAGAGCAGGAGGAGAAGUCAUCGCUGACGGCAUCCAACCAUCUCUCCGUGGCUCCCGCGCCGUCCUCCCCGCCGGCGGGUAACUGCGGACGAGGAAGCCGCCGGGGGAGGCUCCUUUCGGCGGACCACGCCGAUCACAUGGAGGACCAGGCCGCCAAGCUGCCCAGCAAACUGCAACGCAUGAGCUCCACCAGGGAGGAGCAACUGUGGCGGGGGGUAAAAUCAGGGGCGGCCUUGCCCGGCGGGAAGGCCUCCAGCAUGGGCGACCUGCCGCUCAGCAUCCAGAGGCUGAGGUCCGGCUCCAUCCAUGCCGCUCGCCAGGGAGGACGCCAGGAGGAGCAGCUCCAGCUCCUGUCCUUGGAUGGCGACGCUGAGGAGGCAGACGUGGAUAAGCACAGACCGCCGUCGGCCAUCAGCACCAUCACCACCCCGAACCCGAGUUCCUUUGCCGGGGGGCGGCUGGAAGACAACUUGCCCGCCAAACUGCGCAGGAUGAACGCCGACCGCUAACGCGAAAGGACCAAACCUGAGACUUUCUGGGCAUUCUGAAACAAUGAAAUACUGUGAUAUCAGAACAUUUAGCUGCAGGUUUUAUUUGCUUUUAGAAAGUCAAGAAGCCAUCCGCCCACACAUACUGCGAGUGUUUUUGAUAGCUCGCCAUCGGUCCUUCAACUUUUUCAUUUCCAUUCACACACUUUCUUACGAGAUGAAAUAGAGUGUCAGUAAACAAAGCACCAAAGUGAGGCUGAUGUCGACUGAUUGUUUGCUAACCCUUCUUUUCUCUGCUUGGUUUGCCUUCGAAGGUCAAAUUAUUUUGUGGAAUUCAGGAUCAAGUGCGAUAAAGGGGUCUAAAACCACAAUCAAAGAUAUAUAAGCCUGUUUUUCCACUUUAGGAGCACCAUUAAGGCAGUGUUUUUGAACCUUUUUUGAGCCAAGGCACAUUUUUUGCGUACAAAAAAUGCGGAGGCACACCACCAGCAGAAAUCAUUAAAAAACAAAACUUGGUUGACAGUAAAAAGUUGUUGUCGCUAUUGUUGGAUAUGACUUUAAACCAUAACCAACCAUGCAUCACUAUAGCUCUUGUCUCAAAAUACUGUCACCACCUGUCACAUCACAUUAUUAUUAUUAUUAUUAUUACAUUAUUUUGAGUUUUUUGAUGUGUUCCUGUGUAGUGUUGUAGUUCUUGUUUUGCGCUCCUAUUUUGAUGGCUUUUUCUCUUUUUUUGGUAUUUUCCUGUAGCAGUUUCAUGUCUUCCUUUGAGCGAUAUUUCCCGCAUCUAUUUUGUUUUAGCAAUCAAGAAUAUUUCAGCUGUUUUUUUCCUUCUUUGUGGGGACAUUGUUGAUUGUCAUGUCAUGUUCGGAUGUACAUUGUGGACGCCGUCUUUGCUCCACAGUAAGUCUUUGCUGUCGUCCAGCAUCCUGUUUUUGUUUACUUUGUGGCCAGUUCAGUUUUAGUUUCGUUCUGCGUAGCCUUCCCUUCAAUGCCUUUUCUUAUGGGCACUCACCUUUUGUUUAUUUUUGGUUUAAGCAUUAGACACCUUUUCACCUGCACGCUGCCUCACGCUAUUUCCGACAUCUACAAAGCAAUUAGCUACCGGCUGCCACCUACUGAUAUGGAAGAGUAUUACAUGGUUACUCUGCCGAGCUCUAGACAGCACCAACACUCAACAACAACACAUAAUUUGCAGACUAUAAUUACUGGUUUGCAUAAAAUAUUUUAAACCCAAAUAGGUGAAAUUAGAUCAUCUCCCACGGCACACCAGACUAUCUCAUGGCACACUAGUGUGCUGCGGCACAGUGGUUGAAAAACACUGCCUUAAGGUAACAAAUAGCUUGUCCCUGGUUGGUACCCUCAAAGGUACUUGGAGUUGUUUAGGUUCUGGAAAUCUUAAGAGUCCAAAACAGGGCCCCGUUUUGCAUGAAGAAACAAAUGUAUGUAAUUUAAUGAAUACCAGGGCUCUCCAUAUGAAGUUCCUAGUCGCUUCCUGCUCCAUCACCGACAAGAAUAUAUUGCCAGAUUUCCCCUAAUAGUCCUUAGCAGCUCUUGUGAUGCACAGCAUUAGUGGUGCUUGUCUUUUUCGGGCCCAGGAACUGGGUUCAAAUCCUGGACGGGGUUGAGGUAUAGCAAUGUUUAUAUGUUUUAAGACUGUUGAAAUUGCUAUAUUGCACAGAAACAUUUUUAACAACUAACCCGUUUUAGUACAAAACAUGCAUCAAGUUAAAUUCAUGUUUGAUUACAAAGUAUAAACAACGUUUUUUUGAGCCUGAUAUGACAUGUGGGUGGUAUAAGGCACUACUGUAUAUUAAAUGUUCUCUAUUUUUCAUGAUGUUGUAACAGUAACAUGAGCCUGUUUAGAAGCAUCAAACUCGUUAAGCUUUCUAAAAAGGAAAAAACAGGCUUCGCUACACAUCUUAAAGCCAGAAGCCACCAGUCAGUCAGCUACAGACGACAGAGUUGUGAGUUUUGGUAUCUUAUUUUAUUCUUUUAGGCUAACCGAGCAUGACGUGGCUGUUAAAAUGUUGUGUUAGCAUGUAGCUCACAUAGCUACGCUUGCGUUGCUAACGUCCUUAACGUUACAUUGUUGUAUUUUAUAUUGAUUGAUUGAUUGAUUGAAACUUUUAUGAGUAGAUUGCACAGUACAGUACAUAUUCCGUACAAUUGACCACUAAAUGGUAACACCCGGAUAAGUUUUUCAACUUGUUUAAGUCGGGGUCCACGUAAAUCAAUUCAUGGUAUAUGGAUGGCAUAUAUUAUGUUGGCCAAGGCAGAGUUAGUGUUUAUGUAAAAAAAAUAGGGGAUAAAGCCUACUUGGAGACAGCUCAUUUGCAUUAAAGCUCCAGACACAAAACACUGGAGGAGUUCAAGUACCUUGGGGUCUUGUUCACAAGAUGAGGUGGCCCGUACGCCACCUUGAGGAGGUGUUUAGGGUGCGUCCGAUCGAUAGGAGGCCACGGGGGAGAGACUAUGUCUCACAGCUGGCCGGGGAACGCCUUGAGAUCCCCCGGUAGGAGCUGGACUAAGUAGCUGGGGAGAGGAAAGUCUGGGCUUCUCUGCUUAGGCUGCUGUCCCCGCGACCCCACUUUGGAUAAACGUAAGAAUAUGAACACAAAACAGUUUGUUCACAAUGCCGCUUAUUAAAAGCACUAUUAAACUUCCAGCAUCAAGGCUACAUUUUGGGCCCUCAAAUACCUCACUGUGAGACUUAUUUAACACUGGUUAAUUAAAACAAACUCAAUAACAUUGAUACAAAUAUGGAAGAAGUUGGAAGGGUUAGCAAGCUCGCAGUUUGACUGAAGAGAAUCACUGAUAAACAAUUCAGGUUCAUGCCAUUUACAGUUUAAUCACUCAAUGUACGUUUGUUUAUUUCUUAUAUUUACGAAAGGCCACUGUGAUAUCAGCGGACAGAUGAAAUGUCCAAUUUGUUGAUUGCAAUGAUAUUACUAAUAUACAUGUAUUGUUUUUGCAACUAUAGCGUUAAAAUUUCUGAAACUCACUGUGAAAUACUUCAAGCUGUUGGGCAGAGACGUGUACAGUACAGGGUCAUCCUCUGAAGUACGGUCCUCACAUGGGCUGUCCUUGUUUUCCCUUUAUCCACAUUUUUAAUGACAAAUGUAAUACAUGGCGGUGCUCUUUUCAAACCCUUUGUGUGAAAUUGACUUGAAAUUUCUCACACAUGUCUAAAAAACAAACAAAAAAAAGCCCUCCAUUACUGUAGGGUGUUUAACCGAAUCACAACGAAAUUUGGUAGAAGACUGAGCAAGAGUGGUUUAAAAACAUGGCCACCAUCAAACAAAACAUCUUUGGAUUUAGUAACUAAUUGCUCAAAAAUCAUGAAACAUUUGUCUAAUGAUUAUAAAACACUUUAUUACACAAGCCAUAGAGGGCGCCACUAAUGUUUCUUCAACAUCAAGGGUUGGAAUUGGGGGUUAAAUCACCAAAAUGAUUCCCGGGCGUGGCGACCGUUGCUGCUCACUGCUCCCCUCACCUCCCAGGGGAUGAACAAGGGGAUGCAGAGGAUAUUUGCACCCCACCUAGUGUGUGUGUGACAAUCAUUGGUACUUUAACUUUAUACCCAUGUGAAAAAUGUGGACCCCCCUCAUUGUGUAUAUCCAUAUUUUAGUCAAAAAUGAGCCAUAUUUAAAGAAAACGCAAACUAACACGUAUUACCACCAAUAAUCACCAGGGUUAGUGAAAUGAACAAAAAUAAAGAUAUUUUUCUCAUCUACUGUCCUUAGCCAAUCUGCUUUUUCCAAAAAAACGGUGUCACUCAUGACUUUACAGUGGUACCUCGUUUUUCCCUAUUAAAUAAAGGUUCAACGAAGACGGAAUUGCGUAAAAACUUAAGCAACUUUCGGUGCGAUGUUUGGCCGCACGAUAACAGAUAGUAUAGGGCAGGGGUCACCAACCUUUUUGAAAGCAAGGGCUACUUCUUGGGUACUGAUUAAUGCGAAGGGCUACCAGUUUGAUACACACUUCAAUAAAUUGCCAGAAAUAGCCAAUUUGCUCAAUUCACCUUUAACUCUAUGUUAUUAUUAAUAAUUAAUGAUAUUUACACUUAAUUGGACGGUUUAAAAGAGGAGAAAACACAAAAAAAUGACAAUUAAAUUUUGAAACAUAGUUUAUCUUCAAUUUCGAAUCUUUAAAAUUCAAAAUUCAACCAAAAAAAAGAAGAGAAAAACUUUA